UGGUGUCGCGCUCGGAACCGCCGCGGGCUGCUGCGCGAGUGUCCCGGAGUGGUGGCUGGAGUUCCCGCCGGAGCGGGGCCAGAUUAAUUUCAGAAAAUGCCAAGUAGGAAGUUUGCCGAGGGUGAAGUGGUCAGAGGUCGAUGGCCCGGGAGCUCCCUUUAUUAUGAAGUAGAAAUUCUGAGCCAUGACAGCAAAACCCAGCUGUACACUGUAAAAUACAAAGAUGGAACGGAGCUGGAACUGAAGGAGAGCGAUGUCAAGCCUUUAAAAUCCUUUAAGCAAAGGAAAAGUGGCUCAACUUCCAGCUCUCCUUCAAGACGCCGCCGCAGCCGCUCAAGGUCACGCUCCCGAUCCCCUGGCAGGGCACCAAAAGGUUCCAGAAGAUCUGCCUCUGCUUCCCAUCAGGCUGACAUUAAGGAAAAAGAACCUCGGAGGGAAAUAUUGCAAGUUAAAUUGACUCCGCUUGUAUUGAAGCCGUUUGGAAACAGCAUCAAUAUAUACAAUGGGGAGCCCGAACAUAUGGAGAGAAAUGACAUAUCUCUUAAAAACAAGCAGGAAAGAGUCAUUUUGUCACCAGAAAGCAGUUUCAUGGCUACACAGUACAGCCUUCGUCCGAGAAGAGAAGAGGUCAAAGUCAAAGAAAUAGAGUCCAAGGAACAAAAGCUUGUUACCAAAGGACCUGCAUCUUUGGAAACCUUUCAAGUGACCACUCCCCAGAGGAAGGACUUAGAGUUUGGAGGAGCACCUGGUGCAGUUCUCAUCAUGCUCGGCCUGCCUGCCUGCCUCCUCCUGCUGCUGCUGCAGUGUAGGCAGAAGGACCCCAGCCUGCUGAGCUUCCCUCCUCCUCUUCCAACUCUGGAUGAACUGUGGGAGACCAGAGUCUGUGGCAUCUACCUUCUCUGGUUUUUUGUUCAAGCUCUCUUUUACCUUCUCCCAAUUGGGAAGGUUGUAGAAGGAACACCUCUUGUUGAUGGAAGAAGACUCAAGUAUAGAAUAAAUGGAUUCUACGCUUUUGUCCUGACAUCUGCUGUCGUGGGAGCAUCUCUCUUCUGGGGCAUAGAACUGUGUUAUGUGUACACUCACUUCCUUCAGUUUGCACUUGCAGCCACUGUGUUUUCAAUGGUCCUGAGUGUUUUUCUCUAUGCCCACUCUUUGAAGGCCCCUAGGGAUGAACUGUCACCUGCCAGUUCUGGAAAUGCUGUCUAUGAUUUCUUCAUUGGCCGUGAAUUAAAUCCACGAAUUGGUGCUUUUGAUCUCAAAUACUUUUGUGAAUUGCGUCCUGGAUUGAUUGGAUGGGUGCUUGUUAACUUGGUGAUGCUUUUGGCAGAAAUGAAAGUACAGGAACGUGGUGCCCCGUCUUUGGCAAUGGUCUUGGUUAACAGUUUCCAGCUCUUGUACGUGGUGGAUGCCCUCUGGAAUGAGGAAGCGUUGCUGACUACCAUGGACAUCAUCCACGAUGGCUUUGGCUUCAUGUUGGCCUUUGGGGACUUAGUGUGGGUCCCAUUCACCUACAGCCUUCAGGCCUUCUAUCUGGUCAGCCAUCCCUAUGACUUGUCUUGGCCAUUGGCUUCCGUCAUCAUUGCUCUGAAACUUUGUGGCUAUGUAAUCUUCCGUUGUGCAAACUCUCAGAAAAAUGCAUUCCGGAAGAAUCCCACUGAUCCAAAGCUCGCACAUUUAAAGACCAUCCAUACUUCCACGGGGAAGAGUCUGCUUGUUUCAGGAUGGUGGGGCUUUGUUCGCCAUCCCAAUUACUUGGGUGAUCUCAUCAUGGCUCUGGCCUGGUCCCUCCCAUGUGGGUUUAACCACCUCCUGCCUUACUUCUAUGUCAUCUACUUCACCAUGUUGCUCGUCCACCGCGAAGCCCGGGAUGAGCACCAGUGUAAGAGGAAGUAUGGCCUGGCCUGGGAGAAGUACUGCCAGCGCGUGCCCUACCGCAUACUGCCCUAUGUUUAUUGACCCGCGCUCGGUGCCUCCGCAAGUCAGACGCCUCUCAGAGACCAGGAGGAAGUCCAGAUGAACUAGCUGUUGUUGCACUGACAGGAUCUCUAAGUGUUUUUCUGAGUCAGGACUAUAGAGCCAAAUAGUAGCUCUUUUAAUAUAGUUAUAUAGCAGUUAACAUAAGGGGAAGUACAGAGGUGAUAGAGUUUGCUUGUUAAUAGGAAAGUUUUAAUCCCUAAAAAUCUGAAGUCUUUUUUUUUUAAUCUGAAGUCUUAUUUUUGUAUUUUUCAAUUUUUGUUUUUGCCAUUUGGUUUUUAAGUAAAAACCCGUACAUCUAUGCUUCAUUGUACUUAAAGAAACAUUGAGAAUUGUCUCUAUAUGUCAGGCAAACCCCAGCCCAGUAUUGGUGGUGUAUGUGAAGAGGAAGGAGAUCAUAGCAGUGGCUUGACCUCAGCCUUUAAGAGUGCAUUUGUAAAUGUAAAUACAUAGCUUACUUAUGUAAUAUAUGGUGACUUGUGAUUUUUUUCUGUACAGUUUUUGAAUGUCAGAUAAUUGUCAGAAACUAGUUUUUUAAAAACAAAAACAUUUUCAGUGUUUUAAAUUAAGUUUUGUAAAGUAUGUGAAUUUAAAAGUGUAAAGCAAUUAGAGUUCAUUUAAAGUUAAAAUAUAGGAAAGUUAUUUUUCUUUAUCCAAAGUUUGUGAAUUUGGCUUUGCUACCUCAAUUUGCAGGUGUGUUUGCCUUUAUAAAAUGUUGCAAAUAGGAAAAAGUAUAUUUUUGGAGUAACAGCACUAUUUAAAUAUUUUUACAUGCAUUGGUGUUGGAAAAAUUGCCAUUUCAGGCUACUAUUUUUAUAUGUUUUUGACUUAAAAUUCAACAGUAUUUUUGCUGUUUAAUACAGUUUGUACUAUUUUGUAUCCUUUAUGUCUUCAGAACUCUCUAGAAAGGUUUUUCUUGAAACAACUUUAAGAAGCUAGUUUAAACUUGUUUUCUGUUUCACUUUGAUAGCUGUAAUAAGCUGGUUGAAGCCAUUGGAUUCUAGUGCAGUUGGUUUGUUCAUAGUGACUGUCCUGAAGCAGGACAAGUGGCAAAUUCCUAGAGUUUUAUAUUGACAGCUACAUUGUCCUCAGAAUCUUAAACAGAAGGAUGUAAUUAGUGUGUUGAUUUGAUUACACAUCAUAUAUGAGCCAGAUGCAAAGCGUUCAUUCUGCUCUCCAGCUUAGAGUGUAUAGUUUAUAUUACCGUGAUCAUGAAGGGACACUCUGCAUUCUGUAAUUUUUAGACUGUUUUUAUGAAAUUGCCAUUGUUUUGCUAGUACUUAGGUCUUCAAGCAGGUGUUUUUCUACUUUGCUUUUCUCCUGGUAUUGGCACAUAUGUGCUGAACUUACAAGGGAAUUUGGAGUAAGAUGAAAGAUGGGUUCUUGUCUUUAGUGAGAAGAAUCUGAGAUAGGGUAUCAGGUGCAAGUUGUUUUUAAUUUGAUGUUUGAUAAGCUUUGUAAUAAAACUUCAGUUGAAAAUAAAGAGCUGUUUUGAUCA